AUGGAGGCGUGGGGCGGCCGCCCAGUGCUGUGCGUCGCGGACAAUGAGAACGCGAGGAUCUGGCGCACCAAGCGGCGCGCCGGCAAUAGGCUUGCCAGGUACGCGUUGCGGGUGCUCCAGCUGGCAGAGACGCGGGGCAACUUCCAUAUCGUCGCGGCCGGCAUCUGGACGAAGCGCAGCCUCUCGACGGACCUGACCACGCGCGCUGCGCAGAGGUGCAGCAAGCAGCAGAUGGGCCGCCGGGGGCUCCUGGAGAUCCUUCUCCUAGAGCGGUGGCGCGCGCUGUUCGUCGAGCUGGAGCAAGGGGGCCCGCUGGUGCUCCCGGGCAAGAGGCAGGAGAAGGGGGGGGCGUCGCGAGGCAGCUGGCGCGGAGGCGCCAGGGGGCGGAGGAGGCGGCCCGCCCGCUGCCCCAGUUGCUGGCGGGCGUGGAGGUGUGCGUGUGGAGAGCGGGUGGCCCCAGCUACGCCCGAGCGGCGGUCGCGCGGGGAGCCCGGACCACGGUCUCGUGCGACCGACGGGCCAGCCAAGCUUGGAGGGCCUGCUUGA